UUGUUUUUCGUCAGAGGUCAUAACCACCACUGUAGAGAGAGAAAGUCUAGAGAGAGAAAGCUUGUAGAAUAAAAUAUACAUACACACACAUUAUAAUAUACACACAAAGAGAAAAAGUGAGAGCUUGUAGAAUAUUAUAACAUACAUAUAUAUAUAUAGAGCCUAGAGAAAAUGGAAGGGAGGGAUGUGCAGCUGAGAGCUUCCGGUGAUGCAUUUUCGGUGAAAAACAAAGAAGAAGGCGAGGUGACGUCAUCUUCCGAUGAUGAUGAACGUCCAUGUCACAGAUCUUCUCAGCUUGAUGAUAGAUCCUCACUUCAAAGAGUGCGGAGUGGGUCUGCUCCGGUAAAAAGAAAUAUACAACAUGAUACUACUGUAGCAAAGUCUGUCCCGACCAAUAGUCGUGCGGGGUUUGUUGGCCAGGCUUCCAGAUCUAAUUGUCAGCCACAUAAUCGCAAGAAGUUUGAGAAGAACCGAACUCCAUUUGUUAUAAGCUUUUCGGACGAUGAUAGUGGCAGUGAGUCUGAAGAGCACAGGCAGAAAAGUACAUAUGAAUCAAGAAAUGAAACUCAUGGAGUGGUUAGAAGUAGAAGACCCCCAGCUGCUUCAUCUUCGAAAGUGCAUCCAGGGAAUACUAGGAAAGAGGCCAUGUUACCUAGAAAAGUGUCACCGAGUCGCACUUCCGUGUCAUCAAUGAUGGAAACUGGGAGACUACCUUCUAGGAAUGGUGGGCAUGUAAAAAGCAUCAUUAUGAAUAACAAAAGCAAAGCAGAACAGGAACAUGAAGGUAACCAAAAUAUUCACUUAAAUAGCAGUAAACUUCAAGACUUGCGACAGCUUAUUGCAAUAAGAGAAAAUGAGUUGAAGCGUAAAGUGAACAAAAAGAAGGAAUCACCUCCAAGCUCUUGUAAGGCUGAUAGUGCAACAAAUUUGAGCAGUGGAGCUAGUAAGAUGCACAGAGAAGCUCAUGAUGAUUUUGUACAGUAUGAACUAAAAGAGCCAGACAGAAAGCGACUAAAAUUUGAAGAAUCUCAUGCAUGCCCAGUGAAAACAGAACACAGGCAAGGUGUUAUGUAUACAGAGCCAACAUUAGUAUCAGAGAAUGUUGUGUUGGAGAAAAGUGGUCAGCAGUUGAUAGAUAAUCGUUGCUCCUAUGAGAAGACUGUCCUGGGAACAAGUCAAUGUCAAAGAGCUGAGAAAAAUGUUUGUGCAGGCGAUGAUUCUAAUGUUGCGAGAGAAGGUACUUCUGGCAUCACUGAUGUGUGUUGCUGUAACCAUGCUGUUCAGUUGGCAGGUCCUAUAAUAGCUGUAAAUAGGCCUGUUGACACCUCAAAUAACACACCACACAUUGCAAAUUUAGGGCAUCCUGUCGGGAUGAAUCAUCAAUCCCCUUCUCUCUCUGGCAACAAAACAAUUAAUGAAUUCAGACCUGCUAAUAAAGCUGUAGAGCCUGUAAGGAAGGAUGCACAGGCAUCUCGAAGCAAUCUAAAUAACAAUUUUACAUUAGAAAAUCUAAACGUCUCAGGAACUACCAACAUGGACCUACAGGGAUUAAUGGAGAUUGAAGAAUUGCAUGACAAGGAGCUGGAGGACGCGCAAGAGUAUCGACAUAAGUGUGAAUUAGAAGAACGGACUGCUCUUAAAGCUUAUCGCAGGGCACAACGAGCUACAAUGGAGGCUAACAGUAGAUGUGCUCAUCUUUACCGUAAUAGAGAACUAUUUUCAGCCCAAUUGCGAUCUCUAAUGAUGGACAAUCCAAAUAUGAUUUGGUCUUCAAGGCUAGAUGACCAACGUGGGGAGGGACCUAAUUCCUUCAAUAACUUGCAUAUAGUACCAUCACGCCGUCGAGUGGAGUCUGAAUUAUAUGCUCAUAAUCAUGGCGAAAAUGUUUCAGCUGUUAGAUCUGCUAAUGUAACCCAACCAAAUGUGUCUGGUCUUGAAGAGAAUAAAAAAGAUUUUGCUAUUAAUCCCAGCAGUGAGCCUGAUACUAGUAUGUUUUGGUCGGCAAGUCUACAUAAUCACACUGGUGAAGGGCUAGUUUCCUUAAAAGACCCUGAAGUUAAUAUGCGUGCAGAACCAUCAGGCCAGCAAACGACGUCAAGGUUAUGUGCUCACCAUCAGUGUAAAGAUGAAGGAAAUGUUAGAUCUGCUAAUGCCUUCCAACAGAAAGUAUAUAAGCGUUAUGAUCGACAAGCUUUGGCUGUCGAUCCCAGCAGUGAGCCUAAUACUAGUACAUCAGAACCCGAAGACAACAAUGCUGAUGUGAAUGCUGCUGGCUGUCAAUCCAGUGAUUCUAACAUGUCAGCAGAGGAGGAGGAUGAGGCUUUUUUAAUCGAACAUGAAAUCAAAGAUUCCAAUCUAGAAAAUCAGAGGGAGGAAGUAAUAUCUGGUGAACACAGGGAACUCCUAUAUGAUGAAUCAAGAAACUUAAAUAGUUCUCAAGAUUCUUUACUUCUCGAAGCAUCUCUGCGAUCUCAACUCUUUGCAAGGCUAGGAGUUAACAGUUCACUAAACAAGAGGGGGCUGGGACAGAAAAUAAAUGAUGAAACAGAAAGCAGGUCUCAUCCUGGCAAUGAAGAUAGCCUGGGGUUGGCACAGAAACUAAAAGAUCAAGCAGAGAGCAGUACCCAUGACGGUAAUGAGGAUAGCCCAGAGCCGAGCACGGGGAACUUACUGUCUUCUGAUGCAAAGAAAGAUCUAUCUUUGGAUCUUGGAGGUAAUGCGAUAGACCGAACAUUAUCUGAGCUCCCUUUGCAGAUCAAGGCUAAUUGCUAUGUAGAGAAAUCUUCUAAUUUUGGAUCUACUUCUACUGCUCUUCCUUUAGACAACAAAUACCUGGUCGAAGUAUUGUAUCCUGUUCUGAAGAGUGCAUUUGUUCACAUGAAGGCUGUAGAUGUGGUUAGCUCAGUUCACUUACAUACUGAGUCCAACAGUACCGACCCAUAUACUAAAGUCAAAAACAGCAGUGAUGAUAGUCACUAUGAAAUAGAGUCGAUUAGUUCAAAUUCAACUCCCAGGGAAGAGACUUCAGUGGAUAGUUUUAAAGACGUUGGAUUUUAUUCCUGCAAUCAUGAUAUAGACCCCCUCUGGCCACUUUGCAUGUAUGAACUACGUGGAAAAUGCAACGACGAUGAGUGCCCAUGGCAGCAUGUCAGAGAUCACUCUCGUAUAAAGCUGAACAUAGAUAAUGCUAUCGAAGACGAAGGUCUAGCAGCAGCUCCUGGAAUGAUGACUGCUGGUGCAGUUAGAUUUUCCAAGUCCUUGGAUCUUCUCAAGUUAACUUCCCCGUCAUAUCUGGUCUGCUUAGACAUGAUGAAAGCUGAUUUGCGUGUACGUAAAUCUGUUCUGGGACAAAGUGAGGCAAGUUGUUGGCAGAAGAGUUUCAGUGCUACCUUGGUACUGUCUAGUUUACUUCCAAGGGGUUUGCUUUCAGGGGAGCCAUUUUUGCAUGGCCCUGGCGCUCGUAUCGAGUCAUAUGGUAGUUGGAACAGGCAAUCGUCAUACUUCCACAGCAUACAGGGCAUGAUUCGACAAAAUCAACCCUUGGUCGAUAAUGAUGAAUCUCUUGACAUAGCUCUAGUUAUUCUCAGCCAGGAGGCUAAUAAGCAAAAGGGUCGGAUCGAGGCUCUUAAGGUGCUUGCUCGAGCUCUCGAAGCAGAUUCGAAAUCUGCAGUUCUUUGGAUUGUUUAUUUGCACAUUUACUAUUGCAAUCAGAAGUCAAUUGGAAAGGAUGACAUGUUUAAAUAUGCGGUUGAACACAACAGAGGAUCCUAUGAACUUUGGCUUAUGUACAUCAAUAGUCGUGAACAGCUCGAGGAUAGAUUUUUUGCAUAUGAUGCCAGUUUAUCCGCCCUUUCUCACAAUGCAUCUCCUGACAAAGAUGCAGUGCAUGCUAGCGAAUGCAUCCUGGAUAUUUUUCUGCAGAUGAUGAAUACAUUAUGCUUCUCCGGAAAAGUCGGCAAAGCUCUUGAAAAAUUACAUGAGCUUUUUCCUUCUAAAAUAAAUUCGUGUGAACUUUAUGGUCUUUCUGAAGUUGUUGCAUGCUUAACUGUUCGGGACAAAUGUAUUUUCUGGGUCUGUUGUGCGUACCUAAUCUUGUACAAAAAACUGCCUGAUGCUGUGGUGUCACAGUUUGAAUGCCAGAAAGAACUUUUAGCACUGGAAUGGGUGUCCACUCAGUUAACAUUGGAUGAGAAGCAGCAGGCAGUCAGUUUGUUGGAAAUGGCAGAAAAUUCUUUAGAACUGGACAUAGAUUCUGAAUCACAUCAAAGUGAAACUGCUCCUAAAGCCAGACACAUGUUCGCUCUUAAUCAUAUUAGGUGUGUAGCGGUGCUUGAAGGCUUGGAAUGUAGUAGGAACUUGUUGGACAGAUACAUGAAACUUUACCCAUCUUGCCUGGGACUUGCUUUAGUGGCAGCACGAGCACAUGAACUAGCAUCGGAGAAUACGAGUUUUGAUGGGUUUGAAAGGGCUCUUAAUAAUUGGCCGGAAGACGUCCCGGGUGUUCAGUGUCUGUGGAAUCAGUAUGUGGAAUACGCCCUUCAGAGUGGGAGAGUGAGUUAUGUGCAGACGUUAAUGGAUCGAUGGUAUCAUUCUGUUUGGAGGGUAAAACGUUCUCAACAUGAAAUAGUAGAUAUAGAUACUCUGGAUGGUGAAAAGUCUCCGGGGUCGCAAAAUUCUGAUGCUCACUUUUGUAAUCCCAGUGAUAUUGACCGUUCAUUUGGGCUGCUUAAUUUCUCCAUCUAUAAGCUAUUGCAGAAUGAUCGGACUGGAGCACACUCCGCCAUUGACAGGGCAUUAAAGUGUGCUUCUGCCAAGAAUUACAAGCACUGUGUGAGAGAGCAUGCCAUGUUUUUGCUGACGAAUGGUUCACAGUUAAAAGAUACUCCUCCUGCUAGUAAAAUGUUAAAUUUCCUUGAGGUUUAUCUAGCUAAUUCCUAUACUUUUCCCACCACAGAACUGUUGUCAAGAAAAUUCAUUCAGACUAUCAAGAAAUCACGAGUUCAGCAAUUAGUCAGCAACUUGUUUUAUCCCGUCUCUUCAGACAUUUCUCUGGUGAAUUUGGUGCUUCAAGUAUGCUAUGGCCCAUUGCUGCUGCCUCAAACAUAUGAUAAACUGACAGAUAUUGUUGAUUUGGUUGAAUCUUUAAUGGAAAUCUUUCCAGCCAAUUAUGAGCUAGCUAUAUCUGUUGGCAAGUUGCUAAGCAGAGCUUCCAGUUAUGCUGUUGUAGGAUCUUCUGUGUCGUUUUGGGCGAGUUCAAUUUUGGUUAAUGCACUCUUUAAUACUGUGCCAGUGGCACCAGAGUAUGUAUGGGUAGAGGCGGCAAAUGUUUUGCAUGAUCUUGAAAUUAUCCAGCCUAUGUCUCUUAGUUUCCACAAAAGAGCUUUAGAAGUAUAUCCGUUCUCCAUGAAGUUGUGGAACUCCUAUCUCACCUUAUGCAAGACUACUGGACCUGAAAAUGCAGUCAAAAGUGAGGCAGCAAGAAGAGGAAUAGAACUAGAUUGACGUAGUAUGCUUUAAAACCGGUAUUAGAAUUUUUUUUUCUUCUUUUUUUAGUCAAAUCUAUUUCGCAGCUGUUGUUUCUUAGCAGAAUGAGAUCAGAAUGACAUGUAGUUCUGGAAGGCUGUGUCGAAGGAAUCUGAAAUUGUGGAGCAAGUUGAACUUGCUUGGUUUUUCAUGCGUAUGUAUGACUGAUUUCUUGUCUUCCUGCUUUUAGUUGGAUAAUUCUUUGUAGUAAAGAAUCGAAAGCAAAUGCACAUAAACCAUGCUUUAUGAUGAGGUUUUUGUUUUGGUGCUAAUAUACUUGGAUUUAUGUA